AUGUUACAUCGAAUUUCAUCACAGCCCCCACUUUCGACCACAUAUCCAGCCAAACGAGAACAGGAUGUGGAUAUGGUAAACUGCGACGGGGAAAAUCGAGGAAAAACUACUUGCUGUGCUGGCGAUAAAAACACGGAUACAAACCGAUGUCGACUGGUGCCAGGCACAAGGAUAACCCGUGGGUGGUGGGUGUGUGCUCGAAUCGAUGAGCAGCCGGGUCCUGGCCCAACUUGUUGCCAAUACAAUCAAUUCAGCAUGUCGCAUAUUAUUUUAGCUGUCUCCGACCGAAGGAACUAA